AUGCUGAGGAGCGCUCUGCUGUGCGCAGCGCUCUGGCUCCUGUGCGCGCAGCCCUUUCCCUGCCCACCCACCUGUAGGUGCGCCUUCCGCGACGCCGCGCAGUGCUCGCGCGGCACGGUGGCCGGCAUCGCCGCGCUCGGCCUGCCCACCAACCUCACGCACAUCUUGCUUUUCCAAAUGGGCCGCGGCACCUUGCAGAACAACAGCUUCAGUGGCAUGACCGUCCUGCAGCGACUGUUGCUGUCCGACAGCCACGUUUCCGCCAUUGCCCCAGGCACGUUCAACGACCAGAUAAAACUUAAAACCCUGAGGUUAUCGCGCAACAAGAUCACUCAUCUCCCAGGCGCACUGUUGGAUAACCUGGUGCUCCUGGAACAGUUGUUUCUGGACGGCAAUGAACUAAAGAGCCUUGACAAAAACCUGUUUCAGAAACUGGUUCACCUGCAGGAGCUCUUUCUGAACCAAAACCAACUCGCUUUCCUGCCUGCUAGCCUCUUCACACACCUGGGGAGCCUGAAAUUGUUGGAUUUAUCGGGAAACAAUUUGACCCACCUGCCCGAGGGGUUAUUUGGGGCCCAGGUUAAGCUUGAGAAGCUUCUGCUCCACUCGAACCGGCUGGUCUCUCUGGGGUCGGGGCUGUUGGACAGCCUGCGGGCCCUGACGGAGCUGCAGCUCCACACCAAUCACCUCCGUUCCAUCGUCCCCGGCGCCUUCGACCAGCUGCGAAGCCUGAGCUCCUUGACCCUUUCCGGAAACAGCCUCGAGUUCCUGCCCUCCGCCCUCUUUCUUCAUUCUCACAAUCUGACCUUCCUGACCCUGUCUGAGAACCCGCUGGAGGAACUCCCCAAGGUGCUCUUCGGGGAGACAGGCGGCCUGCGGGAGCUGAGGCUGAAAGGCACCCAGCUGCGCACCCUGCCCGCCGCCGCCUUCUGCAACCUCACUGGCCUGCGCAUCCUGGAGGUGUCGCUGAGCCCGGGGCUGAGCGCGCUCCCGGAGGACGCCUUCCGAGGCCUCGGCGAGCUGCAGGUGCUCGCCCUGAACUCCACAGGCCUGGCCUCCCUCCCCGCCGGCCUGCUCCGCGGCCUCGGCCGGCUGCGCCACGUGUCGCUGCGCAGCAAUCGGCUGCGCGCCUUACCCAGCGCUCUCUUCCGCAACCUCAGCAGCCUGGAGGAGGUCCAGCUCGACCACAACCAGCUAGAGAUCCUGCCGGGCGACGCGUUUGAGGCUCUGCCCCGGCUGGCGGAGGUCCUGCUGGGACACAAUCCCUGGCGCUGCGACUGUGGCCUGGGGCCGUUCCUGGCGUGGCUGCGGCGGCACGCGGGCCUCGUGGGUCGAGCCGAGCCCCCGCGGUGUCACGGGCCCGGGCCGCACGGCGGCCGACUGCUCUGGACCCUGCAGGCGGGCGACCUCGUCUGCCCGCGCUCCGAGUCAUGGAUCCGGCCAGUGGUUGAGGGCCAAAGUCAGGACCAUAGCCUGUUCUGGGGUCUUUAUUUUCUGCUUUUAGCCGCUCAGGCUCUAAUUACCGGGAUCAUUGUGUUUGCGAUGAUUAAACUCGGCAGGCUCUUUCGGAAAUUAAUCACAGAGUUCUGGUUUGAGGCGAUGAGAAAACCUUGCAAUUAA